GGCACGGAGACGCACGCGCAGUAGCGGCUUGGGCGCCGCCAUGCUGAAGCACCGGCGUACGGCGCUGGAGCGCGUCGAGAAGUUCGUGUCCGCCACCUACUUCACCGACUGCAACCUGCGGGGCAGGCUCUAUGGGGACAGCUGCACUCCCACCUCGCUCUCCUGCUUCCAGACCCCACGGCGGAUCCCCUACAGCGAGGCCGUCGUGCAGGAGUUCAGGCCGGCCAGAGUGGGGGACGCCUUUGGGCCCACGUGGGAGACCUGCUGGUUUAGAGUGGAGCUGAGCAUCCCCCCAGCAUGGGCAGGACAGGAGGUGCACUUUGUCUGGGAGAGCGAUGGUGAAGGCAUGGUGUGGCGAGAUGCCCAGCCGGUCCAGGGUUUGACUAAGGAAGGCGAGAAGACCAGCUAUGUACUGACAAGCAGCCUGAAGGAGACAGAGCCCCACAGUCUGACGCUGUACGUGGAGCUGGCCUGCAAUGGGCUCUUUGGGGCUGGCGAGGGCUCCAUGAUAGCCCCUCCGGACCCUGACAGAAAGUUCACCUUGAGCAAGGCUGAGUUGGUGGUCUUCAACAGAGAUGUCUACGAGCUGCUGGUGGAUCUGGAAAUACUUCUGGACAUGGCCCAGACCUGUCUCCUCCCACCAGGAGGCCCCAGAGGAAAAUGUAUUUGCUCCCUCUGUUUUGGCAUGACUGACAUUGUCUGCAGUAUGAUAAAUCCAAAUGAGGAGACAACACAGCUCCUCGGGGAGGAAAACCAGAGGAGCUUCCAGGCCCUGUAUGCUGCCAACCAGAUUGUCAACGUGUGUGAUGUGAAGGACCCAUCCACCUUCCCUGCUGCCCGUGAGCUGGCUGCAGCGAUCUUCAGCCAGAGGAACGGCGAGAGCCAGCACACUAUCCACGCCAUGGGGCACUGCCACAUUGACUCCGCCUGGCUGUGGCCAUAUGAGGAGACUAUCCGGAAAUGUGCUCGCAGCUGGGUCACGGUUAUCCGUCUGAUGGAGCACAACCCAGAGCUCACCUUUGCCUGCUCCCAGGCACAGCAAUUCGAAUGGGUGCGGAGCUGGUACCCUGGACUCUAUGCCCAGAUUCAGGACUACGUGGCAAAGGGGCAGUUCAUCCCUGUUGGAGGCACCUGGGUGGAAAUGGAUGGAAACCUGCCCAGUGGAGAGUCCAUGGUGCGGCAGUUCCUUCAGGGCCAGCGGUUCUUCCAGCAGCAGUUUGGCCAGAUCUGCUCAGAGUUCUGGCUGCCAGACACGUUUGGGUACUCAGCCCAGCUGCCCCAGCUGAUGUGUGGCUGUGGGAUCAAACGGUUCCUCACACAGAAGCUCAGCUGGAACCUGGUCAACACCUUCCCACAUCACACCUUUUUUUGGGAAGGCAUUGAUGGAUCCCGAGUCCUGACCCAUUUCCCCCCUGGUGACUCCUAUGGGAUGCAUGGGCGAGUGGAGGAGAUGCUGAAAACAGUGAAGAACAACAGGGACAAAGGACGUGUGAACCACAGCGCUGUCCUGUUUGGCUUUGGAGAUGGAGGAGGUGGCCCCACGCAAAACAUGCUGGACAGGAUGAAGAGGAUGAGUGAUACAGAUGGGCUGCCAAGGAUUCAGAUCUCCACUCCUGACCGGUUCUUUUCUGUCCUGGAGAAAGAGGCAUCACAGCUGUGCACCUGGGUGGGAGAACUCUUCCUGGAGCUGCACAACGGCACAUACACCACCCAGGCCCAGAUAAAGAAGGGGAAUCGGGAGUGUGAGCGAAUACUGCAUGACGUGGAGGUGCUGAGCACCUUGGCUGUGGCACAGAGUGGCACGUUCCAGUAUCCUGCUAGCCAGCUGCAGCAGCUCUGGAGGUUGUUGCUGCUCAACCAGUUUCAUGACGUGUUACCAGGCAGCUGUAUCCAGCUCGUGGUCAGGGAUGCCCUAAAAUACUAUGCAGAGAUCCGCAGGGCUGGCAGUCGCCUGCAGGAGGAGGCCUUGCAGUCCUUAUGUGGAGAACUGCUGCAGCUCAGGUCUGGGGGUGCUGAGAGCACUGUUGUGCUGAACACUUUGCCCUGGGAGCGGACAGAGGUGAUCUCCAGGACUGAGCCAGCUGGAACAGAGGCUUUAGCCCUGGUGACAGCUCCCAGCAUGGGCUAUGCUGUAGUGAGGGAAUCGCUGCUGCCCCCUCAGCCUGUGGCAGUGAUCAAGCAGGAGGAUGGCUCCAUUACCAUGAAGAAUGGGCUGAUUGCAGUCUGCCUGGAUGCCACGGGGCGCCUGACCUCUCUUCGGCUGGUGCACUCUGAGAGAGAGUCAGUCGCCGAUGGCUGCCGUGCCAACCAGUUUGCACUCUUUGAUGAUGUUCCCCUGUACUGGGACGCCUGGGACGUGAUGGAUUAUCACUUGGAGACCAGGAAGCCAGUGACAACGCUGCUGAAGCCUUUGGAAAUCACCCUGGCAGGGGGCCUGCGGGGAAGCGCCACCUUCUCUCUGCGGGUCGGGGAAAGCAGCACCCUAACCCAGGAGAUCAUCCUGGAUGCCAUGUGCCCAUACAUCUGCUUCAAGACCCAGGUUGACUGGAAGGAAUCUCACAAGUUCCUGAAGGUGGAGUUCCCAGUGCAGGUCCGUAGCACAAAUGCUACCUAUGAAAUCCAAUUUGGGCACCUGCAGCGGCCAACGCACUGGAACACAUCCUGGGACUGGGCCCGAUUUGAGGUGUGGGCUCACAAGUGGAUGGAUCUCUCUGAGCACGGCUUCGGGGUGGCAGUGCUGAAUGACUGUAAAUACGGGGCAUCAGCACACAGGAAUGUCCUCAGCCUCUCAUUGCUGAGAGCACCGAAGUCCCCUGAUGCCACUGCAGAUAUUGCCCACCACCAGUUCACCUACGCUGUGAUGCCUCAUCAAGGCUCCUUCCAGAAUGCUGGUGUGAUCCAGUGUGCCUACAACUUGAAUUUCCCCCUCCACGCAGUCCCAGCCAGCUGUGCGCCGUGUCCAGCCUGGAGUGCUUUUUCUCUGAGCUCACCUGCAGUUAUUUUGGAGACUGUCAAGCAGGCUGAGGACAGACCUGAAGCUGUGGUGGUCCGGCUGUACGAGGCACACGGCAGCACAGUUGUCACUUGGCUCCAGACCUCCCUCCCCAUUAAAGAGGCAAUGCUAUGUGACCUCCUGGAGAGGCCAACAGCCAAGGGCCACCUGCCACUGGAGCAGCAGGGUAUGAAGCUUUCCUUCACACCAUUCCAAGUGCUCUCCAUCCUCUUGGUUUUGAAGCAGUGAUGCUGGUGCUACAAUAACCUGGACCGACACUGGGAGCUCAAAUCACAGCCCGAGUCUCCCCCACGGCACAUCCAGGUAACCUGGUGGAAGUGCAUUGUCAUCUCUUGGAACUGAGCCUGGCCACCAGUGCCCUCUUGCUGGGCCAGAGAGGAAGAAGGACCAAGCAUUUCUGCUGACCAGAGUCCAGUGAGAAUAUUUCCCAAGAAGUGUGCAAUAUUGAGCAGCUCCAGGGAAGAGCAAAAUCUACCCUAGACCUCCAACCAGCCAUCAGAGAGCAGUGUGCAGUCAGCCCCCUCUCUUCCCUUCCUUCUCCUGUCUCCUGCACUGCUCUGACAGAAGGGGGCACAAAUAAGACAAAAUUACAUGAGAACACUCUGUUGUA